AACUGCUAAGAUCGACCGACUCUUUUUCUUUCUCUUCCUUCGCAUGCAAACAGUUGGGCUACUCGGAUGGGCUGAUUGGACCAAACCAUUUGUCCCAGAAUAGAACCCUAGUGGUAAUCUUUUUUUGUCCGAAUUAAGGCCUAAACAUAAUCCAACGGUGCUAGUACCCCAGAUUUGGGAGCGUUUAGGCUUAAACAUAAUCCAACGGCUGAGAUCAUCUCUCGCACAGACCGAUGAAUUAAUUACCUUCCUCUCCUUCGUCUUCCUCCGGAAACACUCCCCUAUCUCGAGCUCUUCCCAUGGCGACUGACGCUUACCCAGUCCAGCUCCUCCACCGCCAAGCAACCGCCGCCACCGGCGGCGGCCAAUGGCACAACCUAGGCGCCGCCUACGCCGCCGUCAGAUUCCUCCGCCCGCAGGGUCGAUCCCUCGUCUUGUACGCCGGCCCCGACGGCGGCGCCCAGCAGCGCAUCGUGUUCGCCUACCCGAUCCUCCCCGGCGACGCCUUCGAGAGGAUGGACGGCGAGACGCUCUCCUGGGCGGAGCCGGAGUGCGGCGACGAGUUCGCUCUGUGCUUCCUCGACGAGGCCGCCUGCGCCGCCGUCUCCGGCGCCAUCUCCCCGGUGACGGAGUCGCUGGCCGCACUGGACGGCCUCGCAGAGAGGCUCGCCGGGCUGCGCGUGGCGAGGGAGGAGGGUGGCCCCGCCGGGGUGGACAUCGCCGGCCGGCUUGCUGCGAUCAGCAUAGGCCGACCAUGAAUCGACCACCGCUAACCUAGGGUUCGAUGUGAAUUUCCCCUAAUGUCGCCGUCGUCGUCUUGAUGUAGAAUUUCUUUCUAGUCUGUAACCUGUAGCCCUGUACAUGUCUGAUGUGGAUUAACAAUGCUAGUUUACGCCUGCGAGAUUUUCUUUCAUA